UCGUGAAACUACAACUCCCUGCGGCUUUGCGCGAGAGGGCGGGCGGGUCCCUCUGCCGGAAGUGCGCUCUAGCCCUGGGCCCCCCAACUGCAGCCAGUGCCGGAGCUGCCCAGUUGCCGCGGGACCCGGGCCGCUGGGGUCCGGACGAGGGUCGCCAUGAUCCGCUUCAUCCUCAUCCAGAACCGGGCCGGCAAGACGCGCCUGGCCAAGUGGUACAUGCAGUUUGAUGACGACGAGAAACAGAAGCUGAUCGAGGAGGUGCACGCCGUGGUCACCGUCCGAGACGCUAAACACACCAACUUCGUGGAGUUCCGGAACUUUAAGAUCAUUUACCGACGCUACGCUGGCCUCUACUUCUGCAUCUGCGUCGAUGUCAACGACAACAACCUGGCCUACCUGGAGGCCAUCCACAACUUCGUGGAGGUCUUAAACGAGUAUUUCCACAAUGUCUGUGAGCUGGACCUGGUGUUCAACUUCUACAAGGUUUACACGGUCGUGGACGAGAUGUUCCUAGCCGGUGAGAUCCGCGAGACCAGCCAGACGAAGGUGCUGAAACAGCUGCUGAUGCUGCAGUCCCUGGAGUGAGGGCAGGCGAGCCCCUCCGGCCCCGGCCCCUCCCGGCCUCACCUGCUCGCUUCCCCUGUCCAGGCCUGUGGCCCACCCCAGCAGCCCCCUCCCUCAGCCGCCCGGGAGGAAGGGACCCAGCUGGGCCUGGGCCUCAAGGGAGGAGACUGCAUCCCACUGCCUCUGGGCCCCAGUUGUGGGUGGAGGCCACCGUUCGUGUCCCUAAUACCUGUGCCGUUGUCGUGUGAUGCUGUGAGUGUGUGUGUGUGGAGCCCCCAAUAAACCUGUGGUCCUGCCUGGC